AUGAGAAAUGAGGCGAUUGGGAAGAAGGGGAGAGAAAGAGGGAGAAAGAGGCGGCUGUUGUGGUACUGGCUGGCGUGCGCCGCUCUAGGCGCUGCUGCUGCGCGGGCUACCGGUGGUGCUGGCGCUACUGCAGGCUGCCUUGCAGCUACUGGUGGCCUGGGAUUCUGCCGGUCUGCUGGCGGAGAGACGAGAGAGGGGGGAGGAUUGCUAGUCGGAAAAAAGGAGAGAGGGAAGAGGAGCAACGGGAGAGGGAGAAGAAGAGGGAAAGGGAGAGAAGACCAAAACGAGAGGGAGAAGAGGAGAAGAGGAGGGGGACAACUGCCGGAAAAGGGAGAGACAAGAAGGAGGCAGAGAGAGAAUGAGGAGAAGAGAGGUAGGACGACGGGGAGAGAGAACGGCGGAGGGAAGCGGAGCGUCGCCGCCUAUGAUGGUGGCGUCUUCGCCGGAGCACACAGAGAGAGGGAGGGCGGCGACUCUCGUUUUUGGAGAAGAGAGGGAGAGGAAAGGGAAUAG